UUAGUUAAACAUACACAAGCAAGGCAGAAUGCAUAGAAACAAACAGAGCGAUAAGGAUUUAAUUGAACUUCCAGAGUAUAUGGGAAUCCCCACUGAGCGCGAGUUUAAAGUUGAAAUAGCAUUACGUUGCCUAGGAACACUAGUCUCUUCAGUCGGUGAUAAGAGAUGGAAACGUAGAGUUUGAACAAGGCAAUGAAGCUGUGCUCUGCUCUGUUCAUGUGUUUUAUUAGCUUGUUCAGUAUUUCGAAUACAGAUGCCAAUGAGACCUGCAUAACAGUGGAUGGAUCGGAAGGGCACUGUGUUCCACCGGCUCGAUGCAACUGGGUUCAUUCGAGAGCAUUAACUGAGCAGAAUAUUUCAUCUAAGAGCAAGUGUGGAAUCCGUCAUAACUAUUCUAAUUUAGUUUGUUGCCCCAAGUGGAAAAAUUCGGAGAGUUGUGGAAAUACUGCAAACAAUUCAAAUUCGUCAGUAGAUGCAGGAACGUUUCCGUGGGUGGUAGAUGUGAUCUACCACGUGAAAAGGCAAAUCUACGCUAUCAAUUGCGCUGGAUCAUUGAUCAAUAGUCAAUACGUACUGACGGCGGCGCAUUGCAUUUUGGAUUUACCUAUGAGAUAUAAACCGUACAGGAUUAGGGUGAAACAUAAAUCGUAUCAAGAAGACUACGAAAUUCAGAAAAGUAUUAUCCAUCCUAACUAUAGUGAAAGCAACUUCAACAAAGUGCAUGACAUUGCACUAUUGAGACUGGCUGACACGGUUCAGUUUACUCAAUAUUUACAACCAGUUUGUUUACCCGACAGAAAUGAUCACAUUAGUUCAUUGUCCCAGCCACGCAAUCUAACCAUUUUUUCAGUCGGCCCACGUCGAACAGUUUCAACAAAACGCAUCAAACGGCCAAUUCUGAUGCCGGAGCAUGAUAAUUCCGUAUGCAACGAUCUGUACCGCGAGCUCAACCUUAAACUGGAUCGAUCGCAGUUGUGUGUGGGCGGUGAGCCUGGCCGUGAUGCUUGCCGUGGUGAUUCUGGGGGUCCCUUGAUGCAACAACAGUCCCAGCGCUGGUUCCAAGUCGGUAUUGUUAGUCUCGGUCCACCACGGUGCGGUGGCUCGAUUCCGGGAAUCUAUGUUAACCUGUUGGAGUACAUUGACUGGAUUGAAGCAACCGUUGCUGCCGAUCAGAGAACUGGCACUAAUUAGCAUAACACUACUGACUAGCCGGGCAGCUGCGUGCCGCUGAGUUAAGCGCGAGUUGCAACGCAAUCGAAGAGGACACAAAUGCAUACAUCGCAUCCGUGCUGUGGCAGAAGCGCGGAAAAUGAUGGAUAUGCUUCUAAUUAUAGCAUUUCAAAGAAACAAACAAGUAGAAGACAUGUGCCAAGAUCGGUUCCAUGUGGUAACAUGUGCAAAUUGUUCUCGGAAAAAGCUGACAUUUUUUUCUAAUCAAGACCGACGGGGAACUUACACCUUGAUUUGUGGAGGAGGGAGGUGGGACGACGGUGGAUGCGAACGCACCGCGCCACCGUCGAAGCUAGGAAUCCUUUUGAAUAUUCAUAAGAAAGAUGACAAACAAGGAAUAAUGGCGGUAACGUGCGUGUUGGUUGAUCAUGUAAAUUGGCGGAGAUGAAUAGAUGCUAGACAUGAAAGACUUGUGACUAGAAUCGACCAAGACGCAAGUUGAAACAUGUCGAGUGAAUAAACUUAUGGGUGUAUGUGCUUAAUUAUUAAUUAAAAGAAUUGUGUGGUAAUUCGAUGAAAAUAGUUAUUUAAUGAAGAAACUCACAACGCGAUCUAGCUAGGAGUGAUAUGAAGCUGAUCUUGUAACAAGUGUCGUAUCGAGUUUGGUUACAUCUCAGAUAGGUGCAGAUGAUAGAAAUAGAAACAAUAGUAUUGAAAAUUAAUUCCCUUUGUCAAGGAUGAGUUUCAUAUUUAAAAGGUUGGUGCUGAGUUCACUGAAAAUAUUUCCUUUCAACAAGCUGUAUUUGCAUACUAGCACAAAAAUAUCGCAUGAUUUAUCGCCAGUAAAUUCUAGAUAGCACCAAAAUAAUUAAAAAGUGUUGUCAAUAAUGUUGAAUUGAAUUUAAAUGACAUUAAAUAAAUAAAUAAAUGGUGAAUUGAAUAAUUCAUAUAAAUUGGGCUUAUAUUACCCAAAGGACAAUACAAAUAUAACGAGUGGGUUGAGUAUUUGCACAAUUCACCUGAUUCCGAAGGUUCGCAGGUUUGAGUCCUACAGCAUCGGACAAAGCAGCAGGACCAAUGAAUAAAUAGAGUAAUAUACAAAUCUCAUAUGUUUUUUGUUUCCUUAAAUAGUCAUUCAUGAACUUUACCCUGCCUUAUCAAGAUAAAAAUAAAGAAUAUUUGGAAAAAUUUACUAGAUAAAGAAGAUCCGUGUACUGUACAAAAUGUAUU